UUCAAAGUCGCUGUGACUUUAAUAAAACAAGUGGAAGUUUAACUAUCAACAGUCUGACUCUAGAGGACAGCGGCAGCUACAUAGUUGAGAUCAACAACAAAGUUCUGGAGAAGAAGGAACUCCAGGUUAUCAAACCGGUCCCAAAACCCACAGUGUCCAUAAAGUACAACGAUGAGAAGGAUGCCUGGAGUCUCACCUGUGAAGCCCAAGUCACUGCUGACUUUGGACCUGUGACGUAUAAAUGGAAAACAGGUGACACAGAGUUGUCCACCGACAAGGAGCUGCUGAUAACAAUGGAAAAUAAGGAAAGCUCCUUUUUCUGUGAGUUGGUAAACCCUGUCAGCAGCAGCUCCAGUGAAACAGUGGAAAACCCCUUUAUCAGAGCUGAUCUGAUCUAUGGAAAAAUUGGUGGCUCCAUUGUUCUGAAACCAGGUCAGAUUUCAGAGCCCAUCAAGAGAGUAAAAUGGAGGCACAAAGUUGACCUUACCUCAAAGGGUUCUUGGCAGGAUAUUCAAAGUGACAGAGCUUUUAAAGGUCGCUGUGACUUUGAUAAAACAAGUGGAAGUUUGACCAUCAACAGUCUGACUCUAGAGGACAGCGGCAGCUACAUAGUUGAGAUCAACAACAAAGUUCUGGAGAAGAAGGAACUCCAGGUUAUCAAACCGGUCCCAAUACCCACAGUGUCCAUAAAGUACAACCAUGAGAAGGAUGCCUGGAGUCUGACCUGUGAAGCCCAAGACCCUGCUGACUUUGGACCUGUGACGUAUAAAUGGAAAACAGGUGACACAGAGUUGUCCACCGACAAGGAGCUGCUGAUAACAACG